CGUCUCGUUAUGUGGGUGGGAAUUCCCGAUCCUUCUUUCAACGUGAAGCCAAACAGAGAGAGAUCCAAACAGAGAAAACCAUGAGCACUGAUCAUUCCCAUUCCCAGUCGGCGAAACCGUCAGAAUCCGAUCCCAAACACGUUCCACCGCACUCCGGCGACUACGCUCCCUACCCUAAGCUCGACGCAAACGACGUCGCUCCCCCUAUCAUUGAGAAUUGGAGCCACGUGCCUAUGGGCUCCCAACCGCAAACGGUGAACAGCGAAGCCAGGGCUCCGAUCUCCAGCGACGCCGCCACUACGAUGCCUCCGGAGUCGAAUCCCUAUAUCGCUCCGGCCCCGGUGCCCGCACCCUCGUCCGUCAAGAAUACGAUGGAAUCGGUGAAAGAUGUGCUUGGGAAGUGGGGGAAGAAGGCGACGGAGGCCACCAAGAAGGCUGAGGAUCUAGCUGGGAACAUGUGGCAACACUUGAAAACAGGUCCUAGUUUUGCCGAUGCUGCUGUGGGGAGGAUUGCUCAAGGAACAAAAGUUCUCACGGAAGGUGGGUAUGAGAAGAUUUUUCGACAAAGUUUUGAGACCGUGCCCGAGGAGAAGCUUCUGAAGUCAUUUGCAUGCUAUCUGUCCACGUCUGCUGGACCGGUGAUGGGAACUAUGUAUCUGUCUACAGCGAAGCUUGCAUUUUGUAGUGACAAUCCGCUUUCUUAUGACGCGGGUGGCCAGAAAGAAUGGAGCUAUUAUAAGGUGGUUAUUCCAUUACAUCAGUUGAGGGCAGUGAAUCCAUCGACAAGCAAAGUCAAGCCAGGGGAAAAGUACAUACAGGUUAUCUCUGUCGACAACCAUGAAUUUUGGUUUAUGGGCUUUGUACACUAUGAUAGUGCAGUGAAAAAUCUUCAAGGAGCAGUGCAGCCCCACAGCUUAUGAUGCACAAGGCCAAACUGUUGACCAUGUCACAGGAGGAGGAUGAUAUUGCGAACAAGUUGAUGUAGAUAAAAUAUCUUGCUCAGAAUGUGGGAUAUCUUAGAAAAAAAAUAUGUAUUUUUGUAUGCUGUUGGGUAUUCCUUGUUGUUGGAACUCAUUUUUUGUGAUCAAGGCUCUGCGACAUAAUUGGUUUGGUGAUGAAACUGGGUUGUAGGAAUUCCUUCUACCCAGUCCCUAAUAGUAUCAUGUGUUUUUUAAGCAUGUGAGAAACACAUGUUUUUUUUAUUAAUGCUAUUAAAAAAGUAUGUGAAAAGUACAUGUUAUUAUAAAAAUUUGUGCUUUUCACAUACUAAGGGACACAUGACACUUUUAAAGACUGGAUUGGAGGAAUUUUCUUAAAACCCGGUUUAUAGGAAAUUUCUGUACAUAAAUUAUUAAGUUUGUGGUGAAGGUGAAAGGUGACUAAGAUUGUAAUAUCAUUUAUUUAAUUAUUUCACAUGUCCAAACAUUCUACAUUUUUAAUUAUAUUGUAUUUGUUUCUUGGGUGAUAA